GCUGCUGAAACCGAAAGUGCGGUGUUGUGGCUGCUGCCGGUAGUGCUUCUCACCUUCACCUGCACGGAUCCUCGCUGACCCCGGUCGGGAAGCCAGAGAUUAAAAUAUGAACGGAAGAGUGGAUUACUUGAUUACCGAGGAAGAGAUCAAUCUCACCAGAGGACCGUCAGGGCUGGGCUUCAACAUCGUCGGUGGGACAGAUCAGCAGUAUGUCUCCGACGACAGUGGCAUCUUCGUCAGCCGCAUCAAAGAGAACGGGGCUGCAGCCCUGGAUGGGCGGCUCCAGGAGGGUGAUAAGAUCCUCUCGGUCAACGGCCAAGACCUAAAGAACCUGCUGCACCAGGAUGCUGUGGACCUCUUCCGUAAUGCAGGCUAUGCUGUGUCCCUGAGAGUGCAGCACAGGUUACAGGUGCAGAAUGGGCCCAUAGGACCUCAAGGCGAAGGGGAGCCAAGUGGUAUUCCCAUAACUAUGGUGCUGGUGCCAGUGUUUGCCCUCACCAUGGUAGCAGCCUGGGCCUUCAUGAGAUACCGGCAACGACUUUGAAAAACUUGCUUUCUUCCUGUGCUCCCAAAGAAGAAGAUACAUUUCUCUUUUUCUCUCACCCUCUCCUGCCAGUCUUCCAUAACUUUUCCCUCUACAUAGCCAGCUCAUGAUUUCAAGAGACUGCUACCCAACCAGAAUCUUGCUAUUUGAAAUCUCUGAAUCCUCAUUUUCUCAUGGGAGAGUAAAGGCAGUGUCUGAAGGAAACCUGAAAGAAGGACUUGCCUAGAACAAACGAAGAGUUAUAUAUUUUACUAGAACCGCCGAUAGAAGUUCAGCUACAACCCAAAAAAUGGGAAAGGUCCAGUCUUCCCAUCACCCUGCAGUAUUCCUUUUUUUCUUACCUGGCAUGCAUCAAAGGCCAGCUGUAAUAAGAGGAAAAAAGGAUUUUUCUCUUUAAUGAUCUUCCUUGGGAAGUUUUUGUGGCCUUUUAUUUAAUUUCUAACUAUUAAUACCUACUUGGGCACCUACUUUGUAUCAAACAAAGAUGAUUGAGAAGAACAUUUCUACUUUUUAAAACAUAUAUAUAUAUAUAUACACACACACACGCACACACACAUAUAUAUACGUACAUAUUCAUGUAUGAUAUUAUAAUAGUGAUGCCUUAUGGAGAAUUAAAGAAGUGGAAAGCAACUCCGGUUUCUAGGUUUCUGCUAUAAGGAUUAAGUGAUAGUCUUCAGUAGAAGAAUUCAGUGUGUAGCAAGAGUAAUAGAGUGAGGCUUAAAAGAGGAUAGCAAUCUGAGUCAUUUAAAAAAACGAAAACUAAAGCAACUAAUUAAGAAUCUUAGAACAGUGUUUCUUCUUCAUAAUACCUGUGGUGACAACUGAGGUAAAAUACCAUAAUCCAGCUUUGUGCAAACAAGUCUUUAAAAAACCUGGGAGAUGUAAACGUAAAUCUUACUAGUCUCUGGACUACUCUAGUGACUGUCUUGGUACCUUACCGUCCUGUUAAAGGAUCAACUGGAAUGACUGUAGUCAGAGCUGUGAGGCCAAACCAACCCACUGAAAACACUCAGGCCAUCUACCAGUCUUUCCUGUUUUUGUUAACAGGCAAACUCCGAGAGAGGGACUCCCUCCCCAGUGGGACGGGCAUGAAAUCAGCUCUCCUUCAACUCAGUUAAGUUGAACCUUUUUUUGAAAGGUUUUAAGCACUGGUUAUGGCUUUUAAUGAAUGAACUAUUUUGCAAGGAAGGGGAAGAAAGUUUUGUUUGUUUUAGGGGCUCUGGAAGUUUGGUUUAUGUUUUGUGGGGAAAACUUAUGGAUGAGUGGAUAUUAGGGAAUACCAAGGGCACUAAUGAGGUGGGAACCCUCCUGUUCUUGUGGUAUUGAAGGUUGAUUUUUAAAGCACUCAUGAGAGCUGAACCAAGGCUAAUUUUCUGGCUUAAAGAAAAUCAUUUCCAUCCUCCACGUAUACUUGGCAGGCUAUAGGCUUUAUAUAAUCUUGGCAGCAAGAGUAUAAAAACUUUCCCUCAGGACUCAAGAAGUCAGUUGUGUCCAAUUUUUAGCAUGGAUAAUCUGAUAAGAAUUUUACAAAUAUCUGUUGGACAUCAGGUUUGUUACGACUUUUACAAAGAAGCAAAAUACAUAGCCUCCAUCCUGAAGGGUUUUGUUUUUGUUCCAUUUGGGAAGAGAACACUUUAACACAUAAAAUAGUAUACAGUUACCUCCAUAGACAGGGCAAUGCAAGUUAGGGUCAAAUUUAUAUUGUAAACAACAAAAGGGAUGGUUACUGAGAAUUGAGGCACUUGAGAAAGUUCUAUGGUGGAAGAGGUCAAGUUAAGGACCCUUGAGUUCACAGUCUAGUUAAGAGAAUUCUUAAAUAGGUGAGAAGAUAAAAGUAUAUCAUAAGGUUAAGUAAUAGUUGAGAACAAUAAUAAAAGAAAUGGCACUAUUCAGAAUUCAAUGCAGCAACAAAGACGUGCACUUUUUUUUUUUUUUUUAAAGGAAUUCAGAAAAAGAAAGCUGUUGAUGGCAUCAGGCCAGAGUGGAAAGAGAAGGCUUUUAAAACUAAAAAUCUCAGUUAAGACUUUGCCUCUGGGUCACCUAUUGGUAGAAGAAGAAACUUUCUGUAAACGAUCCUGAGGAUUUCUGCCUUCAGACCUGAGCAGUUUAAUACCUCUGAGACUCAACUUAGACAACUGCAUUCCUAGAUUCCAUGGAGAAACCCUCACAGUAUUCCACUUCUCGCCUCAGCCAGCCCCACUGUGGAGGCGCAACCUCGGGUGCCCUUCCUGUAUAGGGAGGAAUGUACAGCAGCUUCUGCAGUGGGCCUGCUUUCCUCCCAGGAUUCCUCUCAAGGUUUGAACAUUAACUCCUGAAAGGACCUUGAGACAUACAACAGGAAGCAAGUGGCAAGGAGGAUGGAAAGCUAUUUAAUCUUUUGUGUGUUGGUAUAUGUAAAUAAAAACACCUAUCACAUCA